UGCUAUUCUUAACAUUUUUUUUCUCUGUGCCUCUCUUGUUUUUUGGGUUUUUUUUUAGAUACGACUGUUGAAAUCGUAACAGAUGAUACAGACACACUGCGUGCCAUAUAUUACCAGGACACUGUAAUGCAGACGAAAUUCGCUGACUACCCAGAAUUAGUGAUGGCAGAUGCGACCUACAAAUUAAAUAAUCUCAGGAUGCCGGUGUUUCUGCAGAUUGUCGUUGACGGCAAUGGAGAAAGUGAAAUCAUUUCUGUAUUCAUCAUAGUGAGCGAAGACCACGAUACAUUAAGAUGUUUGCUCGAGAUAUUCCAGAAGCACAACCCUGCUUGGGAGCGUAUUCAAACUGUCAUAACAAAGACAUGACAGAGCGCAAGGUAUACAAAGAGUUGAUGCCAGAUGUUGCUCUCCAGCUUUGUCUUUUUCAUGUGUUGAAGACCAUGAGACGAGAAAUCCACUAAGAGAAGAUGGGAAUCCGCAUUGAGGAAAAAAACUUCUGCCUGGAAAUCAUACAGGCAAUGGCCUACUCCAAAACCGAGGCAGAAUAUGCUCAGAACCUUCAAAGACUACGCGACACAAACAUUCAGCCAGUGGUUGAGUACAUCGAAAAAUCAUGGAACGAAAUUCGUAAAGAGUGGGUUGUUGGACUAAAAGAAUCUUGCAACUACAAGAACAACACAACAAACAUAAUUGAAAGUAUCAACCAGAAGCUGAAGCAAGUAGUAGACAGGUUCACAAAUCUGAAAACGUUUUUCCAUGACCUAGAACUAGUCAUUCGCUGCCUACGUCAAGAGCGUGAUAGUCGGAUCGCUAAUGUACUAAAUGAACGACCACUAUCAUCGUUUCCCGCUUCUUCACCAGAGGGUAGAUACAUCAAGAUGCUGACUCCGUAUGCCUACCGAAUUGUUGUGAAUCAAAUGUCACUCAGAAGUAAGGUGAAAUUACCUGUGUCACACAUUGCAUCAACUAGCAUGGACAUACAAACAUCAUGUGGUACGGCACGAGUGACAGAGAACACAUGUACAUGCAAAUUUGUGGUCUACAACAGACUUCCUUGCAGGCAUAUAUUUGCAUUCCGGGCCAAGAACAACUUGGAUCUAUUCACUGUCGAAGAAGUUGCACAACGCUGGAAACUAGAGUUCUAUACAGGUCACAGUUUAGCCCCUCCUUGUACAGUCAACGAAGCAGGAGCUGAGCCACCAGUGACAGUUCUUGGCCGACGACAUGUUCUGUCCCAGUCACAGAAGUAUAAAAGUGCCUUUUCAGUGGCUCAGCAGCUAGCUACUCUAGCCAGUGAAGGAUCAAUGUCUAAAUAUGAGCAGCGUAUGGCAGUUUUGUCUGAUCUGGUGAAACUCUGGGAGGAAGAUAGCCAAGCAGGAGUAUCACGAAUCGAUCAGGAAACGACAAAUCCAAGUCGACAACGGCAACCCGUGACUGAUCAAGCUCCUGUACUCACUGUUGAUCCUGAAUCUCCAAGUGAAACGACCCAAAACACAAGGACAUGCUUGCUGCCCCCACCGACUUAUCGACCAGAGCUGUUCAUCACUGCACCAGCACCUGCCAAAAGAAAGAAAACGCUUAGGCCUACCAUAGCCCAGCUCCAUGUAAAAGGCCACGUACCAGUGCAGCUGCAUCAAGUGGAAGAUCAUGUCCAAGUGGAGCACCAGGUAGAAUACUGGAUGGAGCACGGGAUGGAGCAGCAAGUGCUGCAACGGGUGGAGUACCGGAUGGAACACCAAAUGAGGCACAGGUUGGGGCACCAGGUGGUGUACCGAGUGGAACACCGGGUGGAGUUUUGGAUGGAGCACCAAGUGGAGCACACAAUGGAACACCGGGUGCAGUUCUGGAUGGAGCACCAAGUGAGGCACAAGUUGGAGCACCAGUUGGCGCACCAAGUGGCGUACCGGGCGGAGCACCGGGCGGAGCACCGGGCGGAGCACCGGGCGGAGCACCGGGCGGAGCACCGGGCGGAGCACCGGGCGGAGCACCGGGCGGAGCACCGGGCGGAGCACCGGGCGGAGCACCGGGCGGAGCACCGGGCGGAGCACCGGGCGGAGCACCGGGCGGAGCACCGGGCGGAGCACCGGGCGGAGCACCGGGCGGAGCACCGGGCGGAGCACCGGGCGGAGCACCGGGCGGAGCACCGGGCGGAGCACAUAAUCAUUUUGUUGUUAUUGUACCAGCAACUUACAAAAGCUGAAACUUACCGAAUGCAAAAUGGCACCAAAUUACCAGUGAUAGCAUUGCCACCGAAAAUGAGCAUCAAGGGCAGGCCUAAAGGAGCUCAAGUAACUGCAAUCGGGUUGCCAUGCAGAAAGACCAAGAACAGCAAGACAUCAAAGCCUGUGCAGUUUUCACAAAAAAGACCAGACGACUAA